CUAUACUCGCUUUAUUUUUUCCAUAAUAUAUACCAAGUUUAUCUUGGUCUGCAAUAUAUUAUUAGAGCUCUGAUCUGGCAUUUCAUAAAACUUAUACGGAUCGGAUGAGUUUCAGAAUGUGCAGAAAUCCUCCGUCUUCGCUGAAUGUCCGAGGUUUGGUCGGAUUACUUCACCGGUAUUAUCGGGUUGGCGGCGGCGGUGGAAGCAGUGGCCCGUCAACGUCGUUUUCUCGGAUUCUUGUGCCGACUGCUACGUUUGGCCGCGCCGCCGGCUACGGCGGUUACGGUGGCGCUCCUUAUUAUAUGAACCCAGGACUCAGACUGUUUAGUGGCAGUCCCGCCGGAGAUAAUAUAAAACCCGAUGCUCCUCUGCUAAAGAGUGAAGCAAAGAAAGUUAAUAUACAAGACCCAUUAGCCGCUCCUAAAUUCAAAAUUUUCUCUUGGGCAAAAUGGAUAAUUGGGUCUUUGUUAUCAAUAAUCUUUCCAUUUUGGAAUGGCAUUCGGAAGAUAGAAGGGAAAGUGGAAGAAGUGGUGGAGGAGGUGGAGGAAAUUGCAGAGGUGGUGGAAAAGGUGGCAACCGCUGCAGAGAAUGUAAUAGGAGCGGUGGCUGAUAAGCUUCCGACGAAUACCAUCCUCAAAGAAGCAGUUGAGGCUGUAGAACAUGCAUCUGCUCAAGUUGCUGAGGAUGCUCGUAACGUAACUGUCUUCAUUCACAAGGCAGAGGAGGUGAAGCAAGACUUGGAAAGUUUGGAGACUAUGGUUGAACCUUUGGUGGAUAAGAUCAUAGAAGAGUCAAAAAAUGACAAAGUAAAUAAUAGUUUGUGAUUACUUCCAGGAGUUUAUAAUUGUAUCAUUAACACAUCUAAUUUUAUAUUAUCAAUAUUUUUAUUUAUU